CGCGUGAACUUAGCGAGCGCGAGGCUUAGGCAAGCGACAACACAACAUGGCGGGCCAGAGUGAUAGGACGGAGUUACUAGCUGCGAUUUUACUAGCGACUUUACUCGCGGUUAUAGUUACCACAGAUGCCACAGAAGAUUUCCACGUGUCUUAUGAUGUUAGUGUCAAUCCGUCCGUCAACCACCAGCUUGUGAUAGAGUAUGAACCUCUCACCAGACAUCGCUACCGACGCCAGGCUGCCGGCAACGUAUCUACUGUGCCGCCGACCCCUGUAAUCAGUAAUGCCAGCACGCCAGACGCCACAGUCGCAUCAACAAACGUUCCAGAAACUCCUGCUGCAACGCCUGCUUCAACACUUGCUCCAACUACUCCCGCUCCAACUUCUCCCGCUACAACGCCCACAACUCCCUCUCCAACAACUACACCAACAACGGCAAGGCCCUCAACAACACAACCUGUCAUAGACACCACCCAAACAGCUAGAAGUGGAACUGGAAGCACGGUUACCCCAUCCUUACGGGAGGACAACCACCAGUACUACUCGUCAUCCAUCAUCCCCGAUGCCAUCACCUCUAACUGGAUGGAUCUGACCAACGCUAAGAGACACAAGACUUUGUCCACCAGUCACCGGACCGCAGUGACUAUUAACCUCACCUUUAAGUUCCGUUUCUAUGGACACAAUGUGACAAACAUCACCGUAGCAACAGGAGGUUUCAUCUACGCCAGUCCCUUCCUCCACCAAUGGCUGACCGCGACACAAUACAUAGCUCCACUCAUGGCCAACUUUGAUACCAGGAUCGGCGAGGCUUCUGACAUCUACUACGAUGACUUUGGUGACAAAUUUGCAGUUCAGUGGAAAAACGUUGUGCUGAAGGAUCAAAAUGAAACUGGUACCUUUGACUUCCAAGUACAACUGCAAGCAGAUGGCACCAUCAAGUUCCUGUACAAGCAGUUACCUAUCAAGCUGUCGGCUAUAUCCAGUUCGAACCACCCAGUGAAGAUCGGUGUGUCGGACGCCUUCUAUAUUGACUCUUACCUCAAAGCCCAGGGCAUACGACGUAGAACGAUCUACGAGUACCAUCGCGUAUCCUUCCACCCGGACCAGGUCGAACAGGGCACCGUCAUCGUCAUGAAGCCAUUGCCAACAUGCAACAUCAUCUCGGACUGCAAGAAGUGUGUGAAUCACGACUUUGAACAAGUGAAGUUUGACUGCAAGUGGUGUGGGUCGCUGGGACGCUGCUCCGACGGCAUCGACUGGCACCGGGCAGAAUGGCUCAACAGUGGAUGUUCCAAGCUGUUUUCACAGUCUCGGGCGCUUAAUAGUACAGCCCAAUGUGAUGCAACAACUACAACUACAACUACUACCACAACUCCUACUACAACUCCAUCUCCUACUACUACAACUCCAACUCCAUCUCCUACUACAACUGCAACUGUUCCACCUACUACCACCCCAUCAUCUACUACCACUGCAUCAGCCCCUGCUAAUGCAAGACAUUCGUCAGCGGAUUGUGGUGGGAAUAACACAGAAGGACUAUGCAAGAACCCCAACAAUUUCCCUGUUGGAGCAGUGGUGGCCAUCGUGAUCCUCCUCCUGGUGGUGUUUGUGGGUGUAGGAGUGUGGGUGUUCUACGCUUACACACAUCCUACGUCGGCUUCAGGGAUGUGGCUGAUGGAGCAUCGCCCAAGCCAGAUGAAGGAAAAGAUUGCCAACAUCAAGUUCUGGAAGUCGAGCACCCCUACUGGCACGAAAUAUCAAGUUGAGUCCGAAGCGUGAGACUGUAGUAGCAAGGGGAGACCACUCCAGAAGAUGAUAUUCUAACUAUUUUACACUAUGAUAAAGGCCACAGUUUAGUUUAGUGGGUUGCAUAAAGUAAGUAAAUAUCAAUAUAAGACAUGUACUGUUGACAAUAAGGACAAUUUUCAGUAUAGAUUUCUAAAUACUUAUACAUAACUGUCAAAGACAGUAUUUGAUCUCACUCUUAUUAGCGUAAGAAAAGUUUCACGUGGGUGAGAUGUAUCAUAGCAAGGCUUGGUAAUAACAAUGUGCAAAUUCCCAUGGAAAUCAUAAUGAAGACCAACAUUUAGGGUUUGGGAGCAGAUUUCACAAGCAUUUCCGCUGUGAGGUACUGCCCAAGGUCGUUUUGGUCCGUGUUUAUGCAGCGCUGUGAUUGCACCUCACAUUGAUGUAGUGUUACUGUAUUGCUGUAUCAAAGUGUCACCUUAUAUGGGGUGACUAAUCAGUGUCAUCUGGUUCAUCUUGAACAGAUUCUUGGGCAGAUGUUUGUCACAAAGCCAGCAGGGAGCUCAUGAUCACCCUUCGGCCAUGUUUUGUGCUCAUCAGUUGCCAUCUUUUCUAAAGAAAGACCAAUUAAUGCUCAAUCGCCAUUCAUUGAACUUUCAAUAUUUCUUCAUUUUUGUCUAACGAUGGCACAUUAUGUGUGUCAGUGAAAUGAUUUCGAGGUUUAAUCAUCUUAAACCACACAAGUGCAUUCUGAUUCCUUUUUCAACAGUUUUCGAGCUCUGGGAACAUAUUUUUCGAUAUAGCUAGAACAUGCAUAUUUUAGAACCAUCUAACAAAUAUGGCCGACAGGUGUCCACCGCUACGCUUCAAGUGUACCUAAUUAUUUUAUUAUACUCUAUUCUCCUGUGAAUAAGCCUUUAUGCGGGACACUAGAAGAGCUCUCUGCUGGUGACACAGAUACCAGUGUUUUGUAUCAUAUUUCUCCAUCAUGGGGUGCAAGUUGUUGUAUAUAUGAAUGUGUGUUGAUUCCAAGAUGAGGUAAAAAUCUGUGAUAUUAUCGACAAUGAAGGCGAUUACACAACAUAGAGGUAGUCUGAUGUUUCAACAAUGUGAACAUUUUGUUCAAGACAUGAAUCGCUUCACUGGAAUGUUUUGCAAAACAAUAAUUUGCAGCGUAGCAUUCAGUUGGUAUGAUAAAUUUCUUAUGAAUCAGAAAUAUUUUUGGCUUUCUCAAUUCCAUGUUGAUCGAGUGUUUUUACAACUAGUUGCAGGUUUAGGCCCCCAAAUGAAUUCUUAUCUUAUUUUUUACAUCCUUUGCAACACUUCUUGCUUUUAGAACACAUCAGAGUAUAUUUGAACGAAAGGUGUUUGUAAACUGCAGUUCGGUUUUAAGUUGAUUUUUAAGAAUUGAUGACAAGACGAGUUGUUUUAAGAACUGUCACCUGGAACAUUUGUUCCUGUGAAACUGUUCCUUUAUCGCAGUCACAAGAAUUAUACUACUCAAAAGAAGUUAAAGAACACCCCUUUCUUGAUAUUACCAUAGUUAAUCUGUCCUGCAUGACAGAUAAGCUACAGUAAUAUUAAAGAAACAUGUUGGUCCUUAACUUCAUUGAGUUGUAUGGAUCCGCUUAUAGAACAAUGCCUGCGUGAAAUGUCUAUGCCAUAAUGAAACAAUAUUUUUAUAUUUAGUCUGCCUGAUGAUCUUGCUUCACCUUCAAUUUUUAACUGUUUGUGACUUAUGAACAUAUCAAUUUUUUACCUAUUUGCGCAUGUUUUUGUAGAUGUUAUGAGGUUGUUCAUCAUACCUUGUUGGGGUUUAUCUUACAAGGAACAGUUUAUCCAUGGCAGAUCUGACCAUUUUUUUAUUUGCACACAUGACACAUGACGACAUAUGCCGAUCUUUUAGCACUUUUUACAAACAACAGCAAUAACUACAACCCCUAAAAAAGCAAUGUGACAAAAUUAAGUUUCUUUCAACCUCGCUGCAUAUUCACUAGAGACACUCUCAAUGAAAAUAUUAUAUAGUACAAGGUGUUUUGUGUUACGAGAGACUUACAGUGGUUCAAGCGUUUGACUUGGCCCAUGUUCGAUCCUCGCCAUCGAGACAGUGUGUGAACUCCAAAGUCACUCACUGACCAAUGUGUACAUGGCUACAGGAGACCAAUGUCAACAAGGUGUACAUGAAUACUGCAUUGUUUGUGUAUAUAGGGCAAGUACCUGUUAUCAAUAAUGUAUAAGGUGAUUGUGGAAUGCGACAUACAUAUUUGUAUAAAUUGAAGACCCUUUUCUGCACUUCCUACCACAAGAGAUUUCGAUUCUCGUAGGUUGGAAAUGUUUGUGUUAGUUUUUGUGUUGGACUGAUGAGGAUGACGAGAGUAUUGUUUUCUUUUUGGGUUUUAUUGACACUGUUGAUCAUUUUUUGUGUUUUUGCAAUUCUACCACAUUCCUAUUUUGCUUUGUGUCCUUGACAAGAUGUCUUGAUUCGCCCCAUAAGGGUGUCUUGAUGCGUUCAGUGAAGGUUUUGUGAUACACUUAACAAGAUGUCUUGAUACAUUUAACAGAAGGGGUGUUGUAAUACACUCAGUAGGCUUGUUAUAUUUGCCACACAUAUGAAUCUCACCCUCCGGAACAAAGCUAACAACUCACUCACUCACUCUCUCACUCACUCACUCACUCACUCACUGAGGUAGUCCGAGUGUCUUAUCAGAAUUACACAUAAGCUGCGUAUUUGCGUAAAAUACCCCUCAAGUCUAUUCACGACCCAAUUACUUAAACUCGCUUGUUUGAAAACAUCACACGUAAAUACCCAAUGAAGCUUUUCAGCAUGCAUACAACAGA